AUGUCGCUCACACAGAGAAUUCCCGCCGCUACUUGGGAUGCGCACAAGGAGCAAAUCCGCAUGUUGUAUGUGGUCCAAGAUAAAACUUUGGACGACACGAUCAAAAGCAUGAACGAGGACCACGGCUUUUUGGCAACGAAAUCACAAUACGUUCGAAAACUGAAGAAUUGGGGCAUGGAGAAGUACAUCAACGGCGACAAAUGGAAGAUUGCCUUCGAUUUGGCCCAGAAGCGGAAACGGUCUGGAAAGGAGACGGAGCUUUCCAUUGAUGGCAAAGUCAUUCCCGUCAAGAGAAUGAAGAAAGAAAUGAGUAGAUACUCUUACUCCCAAUGCGGGUUUGGAGGGUUGUCAGCUCACUGGGAUCCGUCUGUUGAGAGUUCUGUUCGGUCAGGAAUUACAAAUCCCGUCCCAGAGCUAAGAAAAGCUCUUCUCGAUAAUCUCUCCCGCUACGAAAACUUCUCAACCUUCUCUUCAAUUCUUGAGGAAGAAGCAAAAUCCCGAGAGAAUAACUGCCAGAUCCAACCACUCCUCCAGUCAAAGCCCCUACUCCACAUAUUACAAGACGCCGUGUACAUGUCCUCAAACUCUUUUCUUUCCAGGGGGGGACUAUGGGAUUUCACUGACUGGAUUGUCGACAAUGAAUAUUCUUGGGUUAUAGAGUCUUUCGUUCAGCUCAAAGGGCCAUCGAUAGCGAUCUUCGCUUCGAACCUCUUGCUAAGUGCAAUCGAUCGCCAGAAAGUUGUGCUUGUGCGAGCACUACUUGUUGGAGGAGCGAAUCCUAAUUCCCGGGACACGUUUUUCUGCCCCCCUCGCACAGCGCUUGAUCUUGCAGUACAUAACGUGAACUUAGAUCUUGUUGAUCUUCUGUUGCGUCACGGGGCUGAUCCAAAUGACUCAGGCUCCUCGCGCCAUACAGUUCUUGACCGCUUUGGAAACAAGCAGUACUUGGAAAUGAGCGCUUUGGGAGGAGCCAAUAAUUAUCUUCGGAUUUUUGAUAUCUUAAUCAAGGCGGGUGCAAAAAUAACGGAAUUUGGCUCACCAUUCACGGCAAAAUGCUUGGCAGCCUCAUUGAAAACUGGGAAGGUGUGGCAAGUCGGAUUGGCAGCAAAGGCUGGAGCGUCUACUGAGUUCAUCGGGAACUUGGCAAACCUUGGACUGCAAUCUGCAAUACAGAGAAAUGAUUUAGACAAGGUCCGAGCCUUGGUCAAUCACGGGGCCGAUAUCAAUUGUCCGAGUUUCUACCUUGGGGAUCCGCAGCAAUACGAGUCGUUCGAAUUCGCAAAUCCACUUGCGCUUGCCGCCAGUGCCAAUAACUUUUCGAUGGUUCAGUUACUCCUAAAACUCGGCGCAAACGCGACUGGGAUUGUGUCCUCAGACGACCUGCGUGUACGCGCGAAGGGCCUACCAGAACAUUCCAAGAUGCGUUAUUCUGGAAGGAUACCAGCGCUCCACCAUGCGAUACGCAACGGUAACACUGCCAUGGCUGAAUUACUUUUGCAAUACGGAGCAAAUAAACAUGCGACAGAUGGUUUUGGCAACACUCCAUUACAAGCGGCAUGCGCAUCCAAGCAAUUGGAGGUGGCUGGGAUACUGCUCCGCCGGGAAGCCCAGCUAAAUGCUGCUGCAAGCCUUUCACAAGACAUUCCAGCCCUACAAGCAGCCAUAGAAUCCGGCAGUGUAGAAAUGGUUAAGCUUCUGCUGCACCACGGUGCGAUUACCGACUCUGUCUCAUCUGCUGCAGCUGCUUUGAGAGCCGUCGUCAAAAAGGGUGUCGUGGAGUUUGUGGCCUUGCUACUAGAUGCUGACGCUGAUGUCUUGCAUCGCGACUCAUCGAUUGUCCAUUUUGCUGUGGAACAUUUCGCACCACUUAAUAUGGUGAGACAUCUGCUGAAUGCUGGAGCACAUGUCGAGGACGUCGUUAGCUGUUGCGAACCUCCAGACCGACGUACACCGCUUCACAUGGCAGUUCAGCGCAACAAUCUUAAAUUAGUCAAGCUACUCCUCGAAUACGGAGCCGAUAUCAGCCAUGUUAGAGGCAUCACAGCUUUCGUCGAUGCUUGCAAUGGAGGAUCAGAUGCUGAAUGGGUCCAGCUCGUGCUAACCCUUGUUGAGCACGGGGUAGACAUCAACUCAUACAGCUCCAAUCCGAAUACGUGUUCAUUCCUCCAAGCAGCCAUCUCAGUCGGGGAUUUUGCCAUGGUCAGGUUUCUCUUAGACAGAGGAGCAAAUCCUAACUCAUGUCUGAAUCCCGAUGAAUUGCAUCCGCUGCAUGGAAUUAUGAAAGUAAGAAACGAAAUCUUUGUCAUUGAGACAUUGAAUACACUCAUUGCUCUCGGCGCAGAUAUCAACACGUAUGAUUUUCUCGAGCAGUAUGAGGUGGACGCCAUGGCUAAGAUGAUGUACCCGUAUACUGGCUUGGACGGCCUUCGCCUUCCAGUCACACCUCUUCAAGCAGCCGUGUACUACGGCCGCAGGCGUGCUGUAGGCGUAUUACUCCAAGCCGGAGCAAAUAUCGACGCCCUUGCUGCAGGAGGUUUCGGCUUCACUGCACUGCAGGUAGCUAUUCUUGAGCGGCACGAUGGGCUCGUGGACUCUUUGCUCGAAGCGGGUGCGAAUGUCAACGCCCCUGCUGCGCCCGAGAUUGGAUUUACAGCGCUGCAGACGGCCAUCCUCGCUGGCAACGACGAUUUGGCUAAUAGACUUUUGGUUGCUGGUGCGGAAAUAAAUGCUCCCGUCGCGUCGAAGUAUGGGAUGACAGCAUUACAAGCAGCCGUUUUUCGAGACAACGAGGCCAUUAUCCAACAGCUGUUGAGUCGCGGGGCGGAUAUCAAUGCUUCGCCAUGCGGAAACAAAGGUGCAACAGCACUGCAAUACGCGGCAAUGAAAGGAAAUUUCGAUCUAGUUGUUCAACUCCUUAGGGAUGGGGCAGACAUCAACGGCGCGCGCUCUGCGACUGAAGGUCGAACCGCCCUGGAAGGUGCUGCGGAGCAUGGAAGACUUGACAUAGUUCAUCUUCUACUAGAGAAUGAUCAUGAAGUGGAACUCUUGGAAGAACGAUGUAAGGAGGCUGCAAAAUUCGCCAGCGCGGAGGGGCAUAUGGUAAUAGCAGAGCUGCUUCGGGAGUGGAAGAGGCCUUGA